AUGUGGCUACGUUUGGUACUUUUGACAGUCGCUGUCAACGUUUGCGUCGUUGAACUGGCGAAGACUGGGGGGAUAAGUAAAGUGAAGCCCAAUGACGAACAUUACAAACUAGCCCAGCUUUCGCUGAGACAAUACCUGAAGGACAGCUGUGCCGACCAAGAUUACCAGGUGAUACGGGUCACGCAGGCUUCGGAACAGGUCGUGGCUGGAACUAACUACAUAUUGAAGUUUUUGGUGUCUGCUACGGACUGCGAUUUGGACGAGAACGGCGAGCCUUCAGACUCUGACUGCUCUGUGGUGGACAAAAGCGACAGCUACCCUUGCCAGUCCAAAGUAUUCUCCCAACCUUGGAGCGACUACACCGAAGUUACUGAAGUCUUCUGCGAUUUUCAAUAA